UGCCCACACUACGAUCGCAAAUGUACCAUGAUUGCUCCCUGCUGUGGAGCCGCCUUUGGGUGUCGUAUCUGUCACGAUGAUUACACGCACCACGCAAUUGAUCGUUUUGCGGUCCAGGAAGUAAUUUGUCGAGAAUGCUUUACCAGGCAAUCGAGUAGAACGAACCACUGUAUCAACUGCAGUGUACAAUUCGGCGCCUAUCAUUGCAACAUUUGCAACCUGUGGAUGUCGGACGAAGAGCGUCCCUACCACUGUGAAGACUGUGGCUUCUGCCGCGUGGGUGGCGCCGAAAGCUUUCUGCAUUGCCACGAUUGUGGUAUGUGCAUCGACAAGAACUUGUAUGACAAUCACAAUUGCAAGUCCGGAAAAUACAAAUCCAACUGUCCCGUUUGUCAAGAAUAUCUCUUUUCGUCGCGCUCGGCAUCGCACGAAAUGCCCUGUGGACACGCCAUUCAUUGGGACUGCUUUCGGCAGCUUGCCGCUCACGAUAGCCGCUGCCCCGUUUGUAAAAAGACGGCCGAGACGCGGGAAAGAAUGAUGCCGACAUGGUCCUGUAUGGCGUCGAACAUAGCCAUGCAACCCAUCCCCCCCGAACUCUCGCGGGUCGUUAAUAUUACCUGUAACGAUUGUGAGCAACGACAGGAUGCUCGGGCUUGGCACUUUUUGGGAAUUCAGUGUCACACUUGUUCCAGUUUCAAUACA